AUGUUUCUCGAUGAAAGGCCUGGAUCUGCGCUUCCGAAACAGCGUCAAGGCCAGAUAUGCACACGGCCUGGGAGCUCGAACAACGCACGCUGCCAGUCUGCUGCUAAGACAACAACAACACAUCGCGCAAUCCAGAUGCCUGAUGUUGACCUCCAUUCCAUGCUUCCAGAAGUCCAGUCGUACAGCAUAACUUACGAAACCGGAACGAAGCCCUGUGCGUCGAUCCCCGGCUCUGGGUCCUUCGUCAGUGAUCGCAAAUGA